ACAAAGAUCAAAUUCAAGAUUGUAAACUAGAGAGAGCAUUUAGAUACAAGAUUAGGCUUGAGAAAAUGGAUGACUCAAGAAUAGCAAGGAAGGUGUACCUGUGGAUUGAAAGUGGAAGCAAAUGGUGGAAGAGGUGCAUGAGAAUGACAGACAGGAUUGGCUUAUAAGUUGUGUAGGCGAUGAGAAUGGCUGGGAGGAAUCAAAAUGAGCGUGAAUGGGUGGUAACAAGAGGCAGAGUGGGAGCUGACUGGGAUGUGAGAAAAUGGAAGAAUGAGAUAGACAAAGAAGUGAAAUGUGUGGGACUGAAUGAAUGGAAGAAUGAGACGGAAAGAAAGAAGACCCCUGGAAUGGUACAAGGAGAAAGGGGCCCCGAGGUAUGAAAGGUAGUAUGAUGGAAGCCUGGGCGGUGAUCUCUUCCGAGCGAGGGCACAGUGUAUGGAUGUGAAUGCAAAGGAGUUACAGGUGGUCUGAGUCCCGCAGCAAAGUGUGCCAGAUGUGUGACAUGGGAGAGGAUGAAACGGUGGAACAUGUGGUGGUGGAAUGUGUGAAGUAUGCCAGAGACAGGAAUAAGAUGAUGCAAGUGAUACUGACUGAGUUAGGGCAUGAUAGGAAUGAAAGAGUGGAGAAGACAGGAAAGGAGUGGAUGGUGUUGCUGGGACUGUGUAGAGAGACGAAUGAAAGGAUGACUGAGGCGGUGAAAGAGGUUUCUGGAGAGAAUGUGGCGUGCCAGAUGUACGAACAGUUACUGUAGAUGAUGCUGUUUGUUAUUUUUUUUUUUUUUCCCCUUCUACAGGAGUUGCCGAUCCAAAGGCCUGGCUUAAGAGUGAUCCCGAGCUACCUGUACCAUCAAGAUCAAGAUCGAGCGUCCAUAUCAGAUGACAGACCUCGAUGACAGCGUGGUGAGCGAGGAGGGGGAGUCAACCAGCAGAGUAGGGGAGCAUGACCCCUACUUUGAACCAGUGGUGACCUUGCUGGAGGUCUUCGUGGUUAGUGAUGAUGACCAGGAGGAGGAAAUGAUAAGACUGAGUUUCGAGGUCAGGCAGUACAAGCUGCUUCAUUAUCACACCUCUGAGUCGCCCCCACAGUGGAAGGAACGGGGCAUGGGGGCCUUUAAGAUUCUGAGGAACAAGCAGAAGAAGGCUGUGGAGUUUGUUCAGCGGCAGAAUUAAUGCCAGUGGCUGAGUUCAGAUCCUCCAAGACACACACACACACACACACACACACAGCAGCCCCUCCACCUCCCCACAGCCCUCCACAGCCCCUGACACAGCAUCUAACACAGCCCCUUCACAGAACACCACAUACCUCACACAUACAUAAGAACAUAAGAACAUAAGAAAUAAGGGAAGCUGCAAGAAGCGACCAGGCUUACACGUGGCAGUCCCUGUAUGAAAUAUACCUACCUAUUUCCAUCUGCUAUCCCCAUCCAUAAACUUGUCUAAUCUUUUAAAGCUCUCUAGUGUCCUAGCACUAACAACAUGAUUACUGAGUCCGUUCCACUCAUCUACCACUCUUUUUGAGGACAAAUUUUUUUCCUAUCUCCAUCCUAAACCCAAAUUUUUCAAGCUUGUACCCAUUAUUUCUUGUUCUACCCUGGUUGCUGAUCCUAAGAAUUUUGCCUACAUCCCCCUUGUUAUAACCCUUAUACCACUCAAAGACUUCUAUCAGGUCCCCUCUUAACCUACGUAUCUCUAAAGAAUAUAAAUUUAACAGCUUCAACCUCGAGACCUAUAUCUUUCCUGUAAUGUGGGGACCAGAACUGCACAGCGUAGUCUAGACGAGGUCUGACCAGCGCCAAGUAUAACUUUAAUACUACUUCCGGCCUUCUACUUUUAACACUCCUAAAAAUCACACACACCACAGGAGCCUCACAAACAGUCUGACAGCCUUCACAAGCAGCCCCACACUCCACCACAGACACACCAGACCCACAGCCCUUCACCUCACCCACUUCCCAGCCCCCCACAGCCCCCCAGCCACCACAAAUGAAGUCAAAGGAAGGGACUGUGGCCUCACCCAGCCAGCCAGGACAGCCUACAGAGAGGGGGUAGUCCCAGUCAAGUCACAAAAUAUAGGCUUGGUUCUUCCUACAGUUUGAAGUCAAUGAUUGGACAGGCCAGACAGCUUAGUGGCAGAGCUGCAGGUGGCCCUUGUAAGCUUCCUGGUGGCACAGAUGUAGGACAGCUGGGAGCAGGGGAGGUGCCUGAUGGGGCAGCUGUGCCGGACAGAGGGGCUGCUGCUGCUGCUGCUGCUGCUGGGGAGAGCCACACUUGUAUGGUGGUAACACGGAGAGGAAGUGGAAGAAACCUUGGGACGCUCCCAUAACUCAGGAGCAAGAAGUAAACCUUACUGGAAACCUUGUGACUGACAGGUGGCGGUGACUGCAGGAACCAAUUCAGAUGUCUGUCUUGUGUUGGCAAACGUCCUGUCCUGUCUGCAGUCAGGCCAGUAGUGCCAUGUCGCAGGGUGUGACAUCAGGUGAAGAGCCAAAUGGAAAGUGUCUGCAGCCAGUACUGGGUGUGCUGAUGCUGUACACAAGUGUCGAGCCAGGUGCCACAGCACAUGUCAGCUGACUCCACCAGUGUAGUGUCUCUAGUCCAGGAUGCACUGCUGUGUACGACUUGUAUGUCUUUAUAAAUUUGUGACUAUUCUUAUUAUAUAUGUGAAAUAAAUAUAUAGUUUGCUAACAGUGUGGUAUAAUAGUGUAAAAAUAAAUAUUUGAUAACAAUUCAUGCAUGCCCCAAAGGUAGAAAAAAAAAAACAGGAUUGUGCCCUCUAACCUUUUAAGAUACCACUUGCACAUAGAAGCCCCGUCCCAGCGACUCCAGUGUCGGCUGGGAUGGGGCUUCUAUGUGCAAAUGGUAUCUUAAACUUAGUUCAGUAGGCAAUCCUGUUUUUUUUUUACCUUGGGGGCAUGACCUGUACUCCCAGAAAGACUUUGCCAAAGAUAUUAUUGACAUGGCAUAAAUAACUAUCAUUGUUUUUUUUACCUUGAGGGCAUGACCUGUACUCCCAGAAAAGAGUAUUUGCCAAAGAUAUUAUUGACGUGGCAUAAAUAACUAUGCCCUGUACUCCCAGAAAGACUAUUUGCCAAAGAUAUUAUUGACAUGGCAUAAAUAACUAUCAUUAUGUUCAAGAUGGUAUACUGAAUGUUUAUUGUUUUAAUGUGAAUGUUAAGUGAAUAAAUACACAACAAUAAUAUAAA